GAAGACCAUCCAAGAGUUACGCGACAAGGUGGCCAAGUCGAACGAAGGGCAUGGGCUGGCGUUGCAGCAACACAGUCGAGAAAUGCGAACGCUGCAGGCCAAGUACCAAGAUUUGCAACGCGUGUACGCUGACCACGUGGCCAAGUGGAAGUCCUUCGUAGCUCAUACUUCCCACCACGAGGCCGACCACCAUACACCGCCAAACGAGUCGAGCGUGUCACUAGUCGAGCAAAAGCACCAGGCGUUGCUCGCGAAUGCCCAAUCGAUGCAGGCCAAGUACGACCUCGUUCUGGAGCAACUCGACGCGGCGACUCGUCGCAUGCACACCGCGGAAUCCAAAGUUCAAGAACUCUCGCAUCACUUGGCGACUCAAACCCACGAGCUGGACCAAGUGACGGAGCUGUGGAACGAAGCCAAGGUGACCAUGGACGUUCUGCAGCAACAGAACGAGGAGCUGUCGAAUCAGCUACAGAUGACGACUGCCUCAUCUCCGUUGAAAAAGCGAUCGGCGAGUGAGACGUAUCGGCGGACGCUGCUCCAGCGAGGCUCUCUCUUCCAUGAAUUGUCUGCCCAUGUCGAGCAAGAAGUCGAAAGUGCCAGGGCCACCACCGCGGGGGAUUUGGCUGAUGAGCUGGACCGAGUCAACGCCUUGUACGAGUUGGAAGUAAAAAAAGUUGACAAGCUCCAACAAGCCCUGCGGACACGCGAUGCCGCGGAGUUGUUUUGCAUCCGAGCCAAGUACCAACGAGCAGUCGACCGCGUCAAGGACUUGGAGGUUCUCGUGGCUUUCUACACCCCUAAAUCCCCCCCGCACACGAUCUUCAGCUAUCCCACGACCACGGUCCAGCCAAAAACGCCGGUCAGUUGCCAGCGCUUUCGUGACUUCCCAUGGGACAUUCAACUGAAACCGAUUCCCGUGCUCAACAUGUCUGACAUGCACACGAUUGCUGCCAAUGGCGUCAAGUAG